UUAGUUAUGGAGGUUGUUAAUCCUUGUGCUGCGUUACUUUCAAACUAUGAAGUCUAUCUUAUCUUGAAGGAGACAAGGGAGGACCAGAAGAAAAUCAGAAACAACUUCGUCAAGAAAAAUCUUCGAAACCUGAAUACCAUUGCGUACGAAACGUUAAAGUAUUUCGAAAAUAUCGCCCCCUGCAGAUUUUCAUCAGAAACUACCAUUCCAGAGUUUGUAAAGUCAGUAACGGAGUACAAUCUGUCUAAAUCAGAGUUAGUACAGCUGAUAAACACACGUCCUACUACACACGUGGAACUACACGCUAUUAUUGAGGAAUGUGAGGACAGAUACUCUGAGAACCAGAUAGCAACUCUGUUAGAUGUAAUACAACUACAUCUGCACAAGAACAUCAGACCUCGUACCAGUGACAGUGUUUCUAGUUACCUGAGUCCCACUGAAGAUGUAGACCUUACUUCUCCCUCUACCUCGCAUUUCAUACAUAACUCCACUCUUAGCCACGAGGAGGAGGUGGUAAUGAUGGACCAUGAUCCUGUGGAGGAGGGAGACGACACUGUUACAAAGAAACCCAAUGGAACUAAAAAUAAACGGAAACGAUCUAAAAAACCUAGCUCUGACAAAUCUGCGGUAAAUGUAGAAUCCCCGGUUGAUGAUGAGGACGAGAUAAUGACUGUACGUGAAAGAAAAGCUAAAGCUGUUAUUUUAUCAGAUUCUGACGAGGAUGACAGUAACUUAUUAACUUGCGAUAUAUUAACGGACUCAAAAAUGAAGUCGUUAUCAGAAGAAACUAAAGAAUCAAAGGUUAAGUUAAAGAUUAAAAACAGUUCAAAAAAGUUCAAGGAGAAAACCAGAAGGCCACGAAAAGACAGUAGAAAAGUUUCUAUAUGUAAUGAAAUUGAUGUUAUGAACAUUUGUUAAAGAAUUCUACUUCGAUUAUUUAUUUUAAACUUUUGUUCAGUAAACAAUUUGUGAUAUAAGUACAUUUUUUGAUAACAGCUGAUAUUACUAAUACAACUUAUGUUUGUGUUUUUGUACUCUGAACCCCCGAAAGCCUGGUCACUCUCUAAUCUAAGUUCUUAGUAAACUGAUAGUGAGAUAUUCAAUAAGUUUAACUGGUUCUACCAACAGCAUCCUUGUUUUAGCUUUUACAGAACCAUGAUCAUGUGAUAUAACUCACAAGACUUAUGAGUCUAUAGUAAGCUCAUUUCUCAUUAACAGCUGAUUGUUGGACCAUACCAUACACCAAGGUUUUCACUGAAGUAGUAUCCGCCUUAUUAGUACCUAUCGAAUCAUGAUAUCAUUGUAAAAGUUGAAUAUGAUAAAGAUGACCGAAUGACCAUAUAAGGGCAUCAACUUAGGUAACAUAGUUCGAGCGCAAUCAGACAAUGACGUAUUAGUCCAUGACCGGUCGAGUUUGACCAAAAUUGACCAUAUUUGGGCAUAUAAAAACUAGGUUCGUCGAGACUAUAUUAUAGGCAAAAAGGCAAAAAGACGUCCAGAUCAUGGGCUUCUAAAUAAUGGUGGGAGACAGUGUUGAAUUACAAGACGUUUGAAUACUGUUAGCGCCAGUCGUUCGAUUUGCUGAAAAAAUCACCUCAUUGUCAUUCUUUCUCUUAUCGGAUACUGAUAAGAAACUCCCUGUGGCUCAAUUCGCCACUCACUUCGCUUGCUUGCGCAUAUCACUGAUACGUCUUCAACUGUUAAAAUAAGGAGGAUAUUUUAACUGUUAUUUGAUAGUUUUUAUCAUUUUAUUAUUGACUCA